AUUUGUUCUCUGGAAAUAGAAGUGCUUUUCAUACAUUCUUAAUGUGUCAGACUUCCAUGAAUUAAUUGGUCAGAAGUAUCUAUGCUGAAUGGCUAGCAUUACCUGUUUGUAUUGUCCAUGCAGAGCGCACUUACACUGCACCCCAGAAGUGGAUGAAGGGCAAGGGGCGUGUGACUAUUCAAUUUGGUUGCUGUUACAAUUAUGCGACAGAUAAAAAUGGUAAUCCGCCAGGCAUCCUUCAGAAUAUAACUGUAGAUCCUAUACCUCUUCUUUUUAAGAUGAUCAUCAGGAGGCUUGUGAGAUGGCAUGUUCUUCCUCCAACUUGUGUACCUGACAGUUGCAUAGUCAACAUUUACGAAGAAGGGGACUGCAUACCUCCUCACAUUGACAACCAUGAUUUUGUUCGACCUUUUUGUACCGUUUCAUUUCUUAGUGAGUGCGAUUUACUGUUUGGAUCAGACUUGAAGGUUGUGGAUGCUGGUGAGUUCAGUGGUUGUAUUGCAAUUCCCCUGCCUAUUGGAUCUGUCUUUGUUUUAAAUGGAAAUGGCGCUGAUGUGGCUAAGCAUUGUGUGCCAGCAGUUCCUACAAAAAGGAUAUCAAUUACUUUCAGGAAAAUGGAUGAAUCAAAACGACCUAUUGGAUUUGUUCCUGAACCUGAUUUGCAAGGACUUCAACCAAUAUCUUAUGAAACUGAUAGAUCAAAAAGGCCGACUCUGUCAAAAUCAAAGCGUACUGUGAACAGGCAGCCAGCCAGAAGAGAGGAUAGCAGAGACAAAGCAAGGAGAUCUGCAGGGAGAGGCAACAACUAUUUGAACCCUCCAAUCUCACUUCAGAUUCAAUGUGGGCCUUCUAAUAGGCGGACAGUUAGGGUCAACUGGGAUGCUUGAUGGUAUCAGUGUGGAAAGGGCUGCUUUCUCUAUCGUAUUUAUGUGCAUAUGGUUGUCCUGAGUCCCAACUGCUAUGUUAGUUUCAUUCUCAAGGCGAAGUAUUAUUGAUAUGUUUUUAUCGAGUUGUAUGUAAAAGAUCCAGGGUGAGUUGGAAUUUGGAGAGGUGUGCACUGUUUGAUGGAUGCAAUUGUGAACUUUCUGUGUGUAGCUGGGAUCCCUCGUAGCUCUGGACUGAUUUCACAUUCUGAUGCAUUGACAACGGAUUGUGUGGCGGCUAGUGAGGCAAGGUUAGAUCUCUAGCUUGUAGCCAGCUGAUGCGUCAUUUGAUCAACUAGUUUAAAGGAUUCAUGUCAUUAUGCGAUUCCAAUAUAAUUGUCUAUUUGUACGAGCAUUUUUCUUCUUUGGUUGAUGCUAUUUCAAAGCUUUGUAAAUUGUGAAAUUUAAUAUAGUAUAAUGCGUGCACUUAACCAAAUGAUUAGACUAUACAAUUUGGAUUUUAUUGAAUGAAACGGAAUCUCUUAUUGUGAA